GUAGCAAAUCCUCACAUUGGAGAUGCUGGGAGUAUGGAAUGUUUGGCAUUUUUGCAUGAAAAAUUACUAAACCAUUUUUGAAAAAUAGUUUUUUAAUGAAUCUUCAGCCGUCCUUGUACAUUUUCCAUAUAUUUUGUGUGCAAAUAUCUUUGUAAAGUAACUGGUAACUAAAGCUGUCCAAUACAUGUAGUGGAAUAAGAAGUAUAAAGUGGAGCCAGAGGAAAAUAGUCAAGGCAAGUACAAGUACCUCAAAUUUGUACAUAAGUACGGUACUUCAAGAAAUGCAGUAGUUACAUUCCACCACUGAUACAUAACAUAAAGACUAGAAAAUCACUCAGAGAACACAUACGUCAACCAAGGCUGAUGAUACAUUUCAAAAAUUUUAAAUUAGUCUUGAACAUAACUCGUGACCCUGUUUAUUAUAUCUAGGAGCCCUAACCCACACAUCAGGGAGUGUGGGAAUUUGUACCUGCUUUUACAUAUGCUGGUUUGUGUUUGAAUCUCAGAGUCCAUGCAUUAUGAGGCGUGCAGCCCUGUGUAGUAUAAACAGCUGACGGAGCACUUCCCAAGGUCUCUUACUAUAUAUAAAAGAGGGGCUGAUGUUAGAGUGAGAGCUACUCUGUGACUUGCCCUCUGACUUACAGGAUGAAUACCCUCCAGGCUCUGGUUCUCUUGGCUGCAGGCCUCUCUGUCGUCCACUCAUUGGACUACAAGGCACUCACCCAGUUUAGAAAGAUGAUCCUGUGUGUGAUGCCUGAUAGCUGGCCUGUUUUUGACUACGCUGACUACGGCUGCUACUGUGGAAAGGGAGGCUCCGGCACACCUGUGGAUGAUCUGGACAGGUGCUGCUAUGUGCAUGACCAGUGUUACUCUGAUGCAAUGCAACACCCUGAGUGCUGGCCCAUCCUCGACAACCCGUACACCGAGUUUUACGACUACAGCUGCGACAAGGCGAACAUGAAGGUCACCUGUGGCAACAAAAACAACGAAUGCGAGAUGUUCAUCUGUGAGUGUGACAGGAAGGCCGCCGAGUGCUUUGCCGUGUCACCUUGGAACCCUGAGCACGAGCACCUGCCCAGCGACCGCUGUCAGUAAAGACCAAACUACUGUAGUAAAUAUAUGUGUUGAUUAUCCUUGGCAUAUUAGAAGUAUUCACAUAUUGACCGUUUACAUUUUGCCCAUGCAUGUCUCAUAGUUACUGUACUGGGAGUCCACUGAUAUUUGUGACCCAUAACCAUCCAUCAUUCUUUUCAUCUGCUGAUUUAUUUUGUUUGUUGUGUUUGUAAUUUUUGUAGCUAUCCUGAUAAUAAACACAUUUUGGUCUGCAUCUCUCAUUUUACCUCACUUGUUCAUUACGAAUGGCCACUUAUUGAAAGGUUAU